UAACAACACGUCAUGGAAAUUGUUAAAGUUUAAAUAAAUAAUUUAAGAAUAAAAUAUUAUAUUAUGAUUUUUUCGCUAUGAAUGUAAAAAAUCCUUUUUCCCAAAAAUCCAGAUAAAAAAAUUUCGCUGCCUGCUCUCUUGCUAAGACUCCACGGAUUUUUAUAACUUCUAUGAUCAUUUUUCUAGUGCAGAAGGUUGCCCAGAACGCGCCUGUGCAGUUGUUGCUCUAUAAGCUCAUGAUUUGAUUAUUUUUUCUAAGAUCUUGUGCUGCUUUGUGUGGAGUUACAAAGCAUAGGUCACUAUAAUUUCGCAAAAAAAAAAAAAAAAAAAAAAAAAACACGAGUCAACAAUGUCUAGAUCGAAAUCAUUCUGUCAGUGUCAUCUGUUAAUAAAAUUCUAAACCUCCUGGUAUUUUUUAUGUAUUGAGGAUAAAAGUAUUGUUUUUUAUUUUAGUAUUUUCACUAAUAUCAUCAUUUUAUACACAUCUAAGUAAUCGGUUAUCGAUAUUAAUAUAUGGAUAUUGUCGUUUUCCGCGGGGAAAAAUCAAAACUCUGUUUUCUCGCCUAUAAAUGAUCGUUUAGACUCAAUUAUCUGGUGAAUCAUUUUCCAGAUCUAUUGAAAUUUUUAGUAUAUUUUCAGAGGAAAAUGUCGAUGGUGUUUUCUUCCACUAUCGAAUCUUUCGUGCCGCGGGAAAAAUCAAAACUCCGUUUUUUUUCCUAUAAUUAUAGUUUUUGGGCGAAAUUUUCAGGUGUUUUCUGAUUUAAAUAUAUAUAUAUAUAUAUAACCCAAUAUUUGUUAUUUAAAAAAUUCUUAUUAAAAUUUAUUUUUUAUUGAACUAACGGUAAUCAAUCUCAUGGUAAGUAAACAAAAAAACCUUGAAAACCUAUAAUUUUCCAACUCCUACUUUUCUAUUCGUAGUUUUAUGCCGCAUAGCUCUCAGAAAAACAAGGCUUACGUGUCGUUCAAUAAUGCGUUAAAGUAAAAACAAUAGCAAUUACCGGGUAAGUAAUAAGAGGCGUAAUGGACACGUCAGCCGAAGGACACUAUUGCUGAUAGGCCCGGGAAGAAUAAAAUGUUGCCCGGGAAAAGGAAAAUAGACAAUGUGGUGGAUCUGUUGGGUCAUCCCCACGGCAACCGAUAUGCAAAUACAAUUUACCCGGGCAUCCGGUCUGUCAGGAUUCAAGCCAUCGUUAUUCAGUAUCUCCGAAUACUUGAAGCUAGUUCCUGAUGGUCUUCCUGAUCUUCAAUCGUCAUGUAUAAUUUCCAUAAGCGGAAUAUUUUGGUUAUUAUUUUAACACAAUAUUUAGUUGCAACUCUGCAACAAAGUCAACCGCAAAAUACUGCUAGACCAGUUAAUUUGUUUAUAAUCAAUGACGAGGAAAACAAUAUAGCAAACAACAGCCUCAAUAAUGCAUUAUCAAAUAUCAAAGAUAACGAUCCAACGGUAUUAGGUGAUGUAAUUGUUGUCCAGAUAAAUGGAUCCGAGCCGAAACCGGCUUUAGAAAAAGUUUGCGCUGUCUGGGAUCCGAUAGUUCGCAAGGGAGGUCCUGGUGUACCAGAUUUAGUUAUUGAUACAACGCGCGGUUACUUUGCUACCAAAACCGUUGAUAUAUUCACAUCUUUUCUUGGGAUACCGAAAAUUUCCGGGCGAUAUGGUCAGCAGAGUGAUGUAAAACACUGGGGAAAUUUGACAGCCGACCAAAAAAAUUACCUGAUUCAGAUAAUGCCACCAGUUAAUCUUAUACCUAAAGCAUUUCGUCAACUUGAGUGUGAAAUAAACGCGAGCAAUGCUGCGAUAAUUAUUGACAGCAAUUACAUAAGGGAUCCCGCUUAUAAGAGUCUUCAGCAAAACAUUUCAACGCGGCAUGUUAUUGUCGAAGCUAAAAUCAAUAACGACAAUAUUGACAAACAGUUAAACUAUAUUAAUGAUCUUGAUAUCGUGAAUUACUUUGUACUUGGCAAGGAAAACACUUUGACUAAUUACCUUGACGUCGCUGAUGAUAAAAAUUUGACUGGACGUAAAUAUGGAAUAGCAUCAAACCAAAAAUAUCCUCGUAAACUUACUGCCCAAAAUCUUCUACCCGCACCCUGGUUAGCAUCAACAUUUUACUACGACGUUGUUUAUAUUAGCGUUGAAGCCAUCAGAUCAGCUAUUGAAAAUAAUUUUUGGCCAAAGGAACCCCGGUACUUUACAUGUGAUGAAUAUAACGGUACUAACACACCAAUACGUAAUUUUGACUUACUAUCACAACUACGAAACGCUACGACAAAUAGAAUCAAAUCAACAUUCACUAGAUUUCAUUGGGGUAAAAAUAAUGGCGAGCAUCAUGCGGAAUUUCAUAGGCGUAUCAGCAUGGUUGUUAUUGGAGAUGGAAAUUCCAUUUACUCGGACGAUUUGGGUCUCUGGAAUGCUGAAAUUCAUUCACCAUUUGAUCUUACAGAAAAUAUCGACACAGCGCUCGCUCAUUAUGACAGUAUACCAAUUUAUCGUAUUGUCACAGUACGUAGACCACCAUUUAUUGAUUUUAAUAAUGAAACAAACGAUUGGGAAGGUAUUUGCAUAGACAUGCUAAAAGAAAUGCAAAAAUUUAUGAGAUUUGAAUAUAAAAUAUAUGAAUCACCUGAUGAUAAAUUUGGAACGAUGGAUGUAAAUGGUAGUUGGGACGGAAUGAUUAAAGAAUUACUGUUAGAUAAUGCUGAUAUCGCAUUGGGUACAAUAUCUGUAACAGCAGCCCGUGAAUAUAUUAUUGAUUUCACGGUACCAUUUUAUGAACCUGUUGGUUAUUCAGCAAUAACUAAACGUUUGUUAGACAGAACAAAAUUAUUUAGUUUUGUAGGAUCAUUGAGUAUAAAAGUAUGGUCAAGUGCUAUUAUUGGUUUUUUUAUAUCAAGUAUAUUAAUUUGGAUUUUUGAUCGUUGGUCACCCUACAGUUACCGUAAUGAUCCUAAUGGCCGUUUCAGUCAUAAUUACGUUCGUAAAUUUCGUUUAAUAGACAGCUUUUGGUUUGUAUUUUCAUCAUUGUCACCACAAGGCGGUGGUAUUCCGCCAAAAAAUUUAUCCGGACAAAUGGUCGCUGGCAUCUGGUGGUUAUUUGGCUUCAUAACUCUUGCUGCUUAUUCAGCAAAUUUAGCAGCUUAUUUGACAGUCUCCCGGUUACAACCAAUUUUCAAAUCAUGGGAUGAUCUCAAAGAACAAUUUGACAUUAUGUAUAGUCCUGCUAGACCAUCCGAUGCUUACACUUAUUUUAAACGAUUGAAAGACAUUGAGGAACGUUUCUAUUUUGUUUGGAAAGAUAUAAGUUUAAAUGAAAGUCUAACAGAUAGAGAACGUGCUGCAUUAGCUAUUUGGGAAUAUCCAGUGGAUGAUGAGCACACAAGAUUAUUAGCACAAAUGGCUGAAUAUGGAUUUCCAUCAUCAACAGAAGACGGAAUUGAUAGAGUUUUAGGGUUACCACCAUAUCCAAAUGAUUCGAGUUAUGCAUUGAUUGCUGAAGCUACAACUCUACGUUAUUUAGCUAUGACAGAUUGUAGAUUUUUUCUACUCGAGGGUGAAUUUUCACGAAAGCCAUACGCCAUGGCCGUACAACAAGGCUCACCGCUUAAGGAAUUAUUUGACGAGGCGAUAGUAAAAUUAUUGGCGGAGGACAAAAUGUCGGAAUUGAAGAAGAAAUGGUGGGAUGAUAACCCGAAAAGACAGCCUUGGUGUCCUCAGGCACUAAAUAAAAGCGACGGUAUUGAUAUUAAAAAUCUUGGGGGUAUUUUUAUUGUUUUAUGGGUCGGUAUUGCAAGUGCUAUUGUUACCUUGGCAGUACAAUACUGGUGGUACCGUUAUAGAUCACGCAUGCGUUUUAAGAAAGACUUUGAAAAUGGCGGAUCAUUGGAUAACGUUGAGCCGAAAAAGUUUAAGGUAAAACCGGCUUUAAGAAGAAUUUCGAAAGCUACCAAUAAUUAAAAUACAUAAGUUGCAAUUAAAUUUUAAAUAGCAAAAUUACUUUGAGUACUUUCUUUUAAUCAAUUGUGUAAUUUUUCACAAUCAUAAAAAUAGAUCACUUGUGUGAAAUUUUUAUGAUUUUUAAAAAUAUUUUAUUACCGUAAAAUGUGGUAAUAAAAAAAACUAUUAAUUUUAAUAAAAGUUUAA